UUAGCAUAAUUAAAAAUCUUUCAAGAUGAAAUUCUUCGUUGCCAUCGCCCUCAUCGCCACCGUGGCUUCGGCCGCCUACGUCAAGCCCACCGGUGUGUCCGCUGAGCUGGCCGAGAUCCAGGAGAUCGUCGCCGCCAUCAACAGCCCCAGCACCAACCCCGCCACCGCUGCCGCCCUCGAGGAGAUGCUCUUGGACGUCCUCGGAGUCAACCCUGAGGCCAUCUCCGUUGGACCCGCUAUUGUUGACUUGCCCGCCCCCAUCGUUCCCAGUCCCGUUAUCGUCGCUCCCUCUCCCGUUGCCCCCGUCCCCGUCAUCGUUGCCCCCACUCCCGUGGCUCCCUCUCCCGUUGCCAUCGUCGAGGGUCCCGCUGCCGACGUUGACGCUAGCAGCGCUCCUCUGGUCCAGAUCAUCUUGAACAUCAACCAAGCCGCCGCUGAGUCCAGCCCCGUCGCCCCCGUGGCUACCCCCGAGCCCGUGCAGGUCAUUGAGACCGCUCCCAUCGCCGUGAACCCCGUCGGAGUUGUAGAAGCUUCUCCCGAGCCCGUCCAGGUUGUGGAGGUCGCCCCCGCUCCCGUCCAGGUUGUGGAGGUCGCUCCCGCUCCCGUCCAGGUCAUCGAGGCUUCCCCUGAGCCCGUCAUCAUCGGCGUUCCCGUCAUCCCCUCCCCCGCUAUCAGCCUCCCCGAGGAACUUAACUAUCUCAAGAUGAAAUACUUCAUUGCCAUCGCCCUCAUCGCUACUGUGGCUUCGGCCGCCUACGUCAAGCCCACCGGUGUGUCCGCUGAGCUGGCCGAGAUCCAGGAGAUCGUCGCCGCCAUCAACAGCCCCAGCACCAACCCCGCCACCGCUGCCGCCCUCGAGGAGAUGCUCUGGGAUGUCCUCGGAGUCAACCCUGAGCCCAUCUCCGUCGGACCCGCUAUUGUUGACUUGCCCGCCCCCAUCGCUCCCACUCCCGUUAUCGUUGCCCCCUCUCCCGUUGCCCCCGUCCCCGUCAUCGUUGCCCCCACUCCCGUGGCUCCCUCUCCCGUCGCCAUCGUCGAGGGUCCCGCUGCCGACGUUGACGCUAGCAGCGCUCCUCUGGUCCAGAUCAUCUUGAACAUCAACCAAGCCGCCGCUGAGUCCAGCCCCGUCGCUCCCGUGGCUACCCCCGAGCCCGUGCAGGUCAUUGAGACCGCCCCCAUCGCCGUGAACCCCGUCGGUGUUGUAGAAGCUUCUCCCGAGCCCGUCCAGGUUGUGGAAGUCGCCCCCGCACCCGUCCAAGUUGUGGAGGUCGCCCCCGCCCCCGUCCAGGUCAUCGAGGCUGCCCCUGAGCCCGUCAUCAUCGGCGUUCCCGUCAUCCCCUCCCCCGCUAUCAGCCUCCCCGAGGAACUCAACUAAAUCAAAAUCUCAAUCUCUGAUUACUUUUCUUUAAACAAUAUGCCAUAAAUAUAAUACAAUAUACAUAUAUAAAUAU